AUGGAGGCAGCGUACUAUGACAACAUCAUGGAGCAGCAGCGUCUAGAGCCAGAGUUCUUCAGGGUGGGCUUCUACGGACGCAAGUUCCCCUUCUUCCUACGAAACAAAGAGUUUGUCUGCCGUGGUCAUGACUACGAACGUUUAGAAGCCUUCCAGCAAAGGAUGCUGGGAGAAUUCCCACAAGCCAUUGCCAUGCAACACCCCAACCAACCAGACGAGGCCAUUUUACAGUGUGACGCCCAGUACCUCCAGAUCUACGCAGUUUCAGCGGUACCGGAGAACGUCAACGUUCUCCAGAUGGACCGGGUUCCAGACCGCAUCAAGAGCUUCUACCGAGUCAACAACGUGCGCCGCUUUCGCUACGACCGGCCCUUUCACAAAGGAUCAAAAGACAGAGAGAACGAGUUCAAGAGCUUGUGGAUCGAGAGGACUACGCUGAUCCUCACACAUCCUCUUCCUGGCAUCUCCCGCUGGUUUGAG